ACUGCGCUGAAGUGAGCACGCCACCGCGGCGGUGCAGUGCUCAUAGUAUUCACUUUUCUGUUGUAUAGUUUCGCCAAGUUGUUGUCGGACCGAAUUAGACUCGCUACAUGUGUUUUGUUGUGCGGGAAAUGUCAAAAGUGCGUGUUCAGUGACGAUUUUAUUGUGAAUUAAUUGCUAAUUCUUUUGUCUAUCAGAAAAAUGUUCCUCCCUCCGGCAGUGCGGGGUCGGUGGCGCGCGAACGAUGCAUUUUUUAUAUUCCGAUAGACUUGGAAAGUUGUUCACGCUUUUAAUUUGUGUGUUCUAGUGUAUUUUGUGGGAAUUUAGAUGCACUCUGUGAUUUAUUUUUAAAGUUGUAAAUAGGUGACAAUGAAACGAUCUCGGUUCCAAUUUUUUGAUGUAACUGUUUGGCUGCUCGUGUUCUACCUGUCCCUACAUGUCCCGGUCACGGAGACAAGGGUAGACGACUUUGAACAACAGGCGCAAGCCAGAGAGCAACCCCCCGCGUCAACCCAGCGCCCGGAGCCGCCGAACCAGUACUUGAACCACGGCAAAUGUUUCCACAUGCCCCGGGAAAAGUGUCCCCCCCCUGCCGGCACCUGCACGCGGGUCACCUCCACCUCGGUGUUCUGCUGCGACCUGGACAGCGGCAGGCUGAAGGAACACCUGUACACAACUAUGAACCAAAACACCACCAAUCUCCACAUCCUGAACGCUACAAUCGACGAGCUGGACGUCUCCCAAGCCGUCUUCAGAAGACUAAAGUCCAUGGCUCUCACUGAUGGGAACAUUGGGAAGAUAGUCGACAGCGAGGAGGAGGCAUUUCCCUGGAGCAAAUACGGAAGUCAAUUCCCGAAGUACUCAGCGCUGGCUUGCCUGAACAUCUCCAACAACAACCUGACGAGCGCCAAACUCCAGCCCUCCAUCCAGCGGCCCUUCGCUUACCUCUUCAACCUGACAGUACUGGACGCUUCUGCCAAUAACCUGACCGAAUUCCCGCUGAGUCUGGUGCAGAGUAACAGGAAGAUUAUGGUGGACUUAUCAGGCAACAGAUACCUUCGCUGCAAGCAUUUCCAGAAGGCCAUGGAGACCACCACCAACACAACAUCCCUGGUCACGUUCCUCAAUUACAACGACACGUACUGCGCCUUGGACCUGGAAUUCAACUGGUUCAAGGACGUGAAGAUUGUGCAGAUCGACCAUCUCAGGAUACAGAAGGAGCUAAACGUCAGCUGCAGCAAAAUAAAGCCUGCCAACAUCAACUGCACCUGCAUCAGGGAGCGGCUGGAGCUGAUGGGGGACGACGUCACGAACCUGGUGGGGGUGGACUGUUCCCAGCGCCAUCUAACGGUGAUGCCCACGGACCUACCGCCUAAUACCGUCAAACUGAACGUUUCUUACAAUAAUAUAACCUCUCUUCAGACGGUGGGUGACGAUCCCACUUACGAGCACCUCCGGCAGCUGAUCGUGGACUACAACGACAUAGAGAAUAUAGUGGAACUGGAAGGCACCAAGUUCAUAGAGAAUUUCAUAUUGUUCUCUAUUGGCUACAAUAAACUAAAGACCAUACACACGUACAUUUUGUCUAACCGCUUCGACACGACUGUGCCCACGUUCUCCAUCGCGGGGAACCACAUACCCUGCGACUGCAACACUGAGAAGAUGCUCAAGCCGUGGCUACAAGAAAACUUAAAAAACAUACCCGAUUACAAAUUACUAAUGUGUACCAACAACAUGGGCCCAGUGGUGGACCUUGUGGAGUCCCACGUCUGUCACACCCCCCGGGACUGGACCGACUACAUCUACUACAUCAUAGGCCUGGAGGUCCUCGUGUUGGUCCUGCUGAUAAGCAAAGUGUCGUAUGACUACUGGAUUUUCAAGACAGCUGGUUAUUUACCGUGGCCGGCGAAUAAAAUGCCAAGGCUGCCUUGUGAUUGGCUGUGCGAGUGACCUUGGGAAUGUGACCUUGAUGGAGUUUCUUAAAGGUUUCCUUAAGUUGACCUUUCUGGCCUGAGGCUGUUCUGUGAUUGACUUUGGUAAAGAUUGGCUGUGUGUUUGACAUUGGUUUUUUUUAUGAUGAUUCAUCCUGUGAUUAAUGAAUUGUAGCUUAAGCUUUUGGCAUUGUAAAUGUGACAUUAAAUUGUGUCUAGAAACUAAAAUAGGUCACAUAAAAAUAAAACUAAAACUGUAGCAAAAGAAUCAAUGAAGAGGAACUUAGAUUUGAUCGUCUACAAAGAGAUGUGAUUUUUUUUAUGUUUAAACGUUGAAUUAUGAAUCGAUAUAGUUGAGUCGAUUUAGUAAAUUGUGGGUGAAAAUUUUAGUACAUUUUAACUUUUAGACUUUUCUAAAGAAUAGUUAUACACCUAGGAAUUUUCUUCGGCAAAUGAAUAUUAAAUCGACUUAUACAAAAUAUUAAUUUAAAAAAUGUUAUUUAAUAAAUCAAAAGUAUGAAAAUUAAAUAAUAAUUAAUUAGUAAAUUUUAUGAAGAGUUUUGUAAGAAUAGUUUUAUUGAACACACUUAACUGACCAUAAACCUAUUUUUGCAAAUUAAUCAAAAGGAAUGUCAUGUAACCAUAAGAGGAACAGGGUCAGAAUAAAAAAAAGUUUGAAUUUAUGGCAUGAGUAGUUAUUCUAAAAAUAAAGCUGCUUCGAUAGUUUUUAGAUGAAUCUCCACAAAAUAAGUCUCGAUUAACGUUUCUGACCAUACAAAAGACGUAAAUAAAAAUAUUUGUAAAGUCAAUGAAGUGUUUUGAAAGUUUCAAAACUACGGUUUUAUUAUUGUGUGGAUUUAUAAUAAUAAUGUUGCUACUUGAUAAAAAAAAAGAAAAAUGUAGAGGCUAUAAUAAUAAAAAGAAAAUUAAAAUAAAAGAGACAUUAUUUGUGUAUUUAAUGCAGUAUGGAAUGACCAAAUGAUGUAAAUAUUAAUAUUUAAGUGUGGGUUAGACACUUAGAAAUAAAAUUUUUGAUUUUAUUAUGAAAUACACUAAAUUACGAGGCUUUUAAAGGGAUUUGAAGAUUUUAAGAGGAAAAAUAUAUGUACAUUGGUAUUUUUACAUUUUCAGUAGUUAAAGGUAGUUAGUAUAUUUUAGCAAAGUUGUAUGAAUCGUCCAAUCCCUUUCUUGUUUAAGAAUUAAAUCUAUAUUUCAUUUAAGUGCCAUAUGUAUGGCUGGGAAUAUCUAUAAAUAUGUUGUUUUGUGCGUCUGUCUGUACUGUACCACUCGACUCAUUAGUCUCGACUCGACCGUCCACUCGUUAGUCGAGUAAUAAUUUCAUCCGAAUAGUAAGGAAUAUACCGCGCGUGGAGUGGAGUGGACAAAUAGUUUUUAUAGUUAUGCCGUGCUCAAGUUUAAAAGCGGUUAAAUAACAUUUUGUCCAUAAAAAAGGAGAAGGUUCUGCCUAAAUGUUAUUUACGGUGUUCAGUUUAUCACAACAGGGACAAUUGGUUGAAAAAUAAAUAAAUAUGAUUUAACCGUCUUCUCUUGAGCGCGGUUAAAUGGUAACUUAAGUUUCGUCCAGUUUAUACCUACUGUUUAGAAUAAAUGGCUAUUUUUGUAUAGAAUUAAAUGAAGACUGUAUAUUUUGUAUGAGUUUAUAAUAGUGUUAUUAUAAAGACAUUUUUGAA